AUGCCUGCACCUACAUCAGCGCGCGACAAGGGGCGAACGGCGAAGCAGGGAAGGUCAGAUGAAGAGUUUGUCCUGUUUCUUCAAGGGAUUCCCGCGCAUUGUCGUUGGCAAGAGCUCAAAGACCUGGUCCGCCAGACAGCGCUACACAUCCGACAGGCCAUAGUGUACGAUGAUCAACACGGGUUUCCAACCGGGCUGGGCCAGAUCAUUGUCAAGAACGAAGACGAAGCAUGGCGAACAUAUCAGAGACUAUCGACGAAUGGCUGGGAGGGCCAAAGCCUUGUGGUGACACUGGCUCGAACCAGCUCCCCUACACGCCCUGUCGCUGGCCCUACCAAGAGUCCCACGUGCGUAAUUCCUGCUACUUAUGUUGCGGGCUAUUCCACGCCGCCGAGGGUCACGCAGAACAUGGCCAUUCCCCCGUCCCCCAUAUCUCCUGAACCCAUUAUCGCUUCCAGUCCAGCGUAUCAGAACUUGGAGUAUGGCCCGGUGAUAGAUCUCAUGAGCAUACCGCACCAGCACCAGCCCUACCUGCCUAUGUUCACCGAUUCCAUCACCCAACACGCCAUUUCCACCAUACCACAGUCUUCCGCCCCGCUUCGCCAUGCCUUCGGUGAUGCCCUCACCAUGCCCAUCCUCCCCAACUACCCCUUGCCCGCCGUCCAGCCCUUCCUCGACAGCCCCAUGAGCACGCGAUUUGGGCCAACCGGACGACGAAAUCUUUUUCCUCGCAAGUCGGUCUACAAUUAUCGAUACCCUGACAACCCAAGCUUCUCCGCACAGGCUUACAACCACCAACCUAGCAACGCCGCAGACGCCAAUCCACGCUCCUCCCCCCGUCGCACGGUCUUCGUGCAAAAUCUAAGCCCAGCAACGAGUACCCUAGCGCUCCGUGACUUCCUCCAAAACUCGGGGGUCACGGUCGAGUACUGUGAGGUGCCAUUGGACAGGGAGACCGGGCGCUGCAAGGGCUACGCGCGGGUGCGGCUCCAGUCUGCCGAGGAGGCCAAACGCACCAUCGCCCUCUACAGCGGCUGCACCUUCCUGGGGGCCAGGAUCCGCGUGAAGAUGGACCGGGGUGUGGUGCCUCAUAUGGCUCCCAAUCUUCCCGCGGGCCUUGCUGCUCAUCUCAUCACUGAAACCCAGACGACUCCCGCUAACCCUACCCUCACGCCCGCUACCAGUAUCAUCAGCAACUGCCAUGUUCCUCGACCGCAAAACGAGAAUGAUCUCACUAUCCCAGCCAUCAUACCCAGAGAUCACUGUCGUCCAGGCGCAGAGGGAGAAGGAGGAGGCUCCGGACGAGUAUCCUGUAAUGAGGAGGCUCCAACAGCAGCCACAACCCCAACCCCAAGGGAGGUCUUUCCCCCGUCGUCACCGUCCUCUUCCUCUACUUCCACGGCUGCGAAACAGGCUGCCGACCGGUGUCAUGGCCCGCUGGUUGUCAAUGGGUCCGGAACCGGACGCAAUGGCCUUGCGACCUAG